AUGAGAGCCAAUGGCCUCAACCCACCCAAUGUUGAGUGUUGGUUUGACCUAGUGGAGGCUUGCCUAGUCCUCCAGUCAGAUGGAGAGGAGAUCAACCCCAAAAACAUCUAUGGUAUGGAUGAAACAGGCAAUGUGCCAUCUGAUCAUGGCACUUGCCAAUUAGUUGAGAUGAAGGAAGCAAAGCGGCAACUUCAGCAGGGCAGUGGAGAUCAUGGGAAUGUCACUGCAAUUAUAACUGUGUGUGCGGAUGGCACAACAGUGCAGCCCACACUCAUUUUCAAGGGCAAGAAUAUUAUGAAAAAGUGGGGGAAUAAUAAUAUAGCAAAUGGAUUCCUGGCAAAAGCAGCAUCUGGGAGCUUUCUUGUGUUGAAGGCUCUAGUUAAAUCUUUCAGUCUGAUUACAAAGCCUGUUCUCAAAGGCCCACCAGAUAUACCAAUUCCCAAGUGGUCCCUCGUAGCUCCUACAGUCUCUGUAUCUGAGAUGUUGCACAAUGACCUGCAAUUAUAUGCCUCAGAACUUCAGGACAGUCUAAUGCUUCCUAAGCAACAUGUACAAGGCCGGGAUGCAAUCAUCAAGGGAGCCCAUGCUCAGCUCGUAAUCCAAGAUAUUUUCACAAUGAAACAAGGUCAGGCCCUUUAUGCAAAAGAGAAUUGGAAGGAAAAUGAACACACCAAGCUGUUUCAUGAGGGCAAGGGCCGACAUUUGACUAGUGAUGAAUUUAUUCUUGAAGUUGAGCAGACAGAACAAUGA